CAGGUUUUGUUUUCCACUUCGCUACUUCGCUGGCAGCUCUCUUGAUGGUCGUAAAGGAGAGGUAUCAUCAGCUUGCACACUCUGCCUCCGCAAGUGCCCUCGUUUCCUAUCGUUACCCAAUUCGCGGGUAGUAUAUGCAGCCGUAUUCUCACGUUGCCCAGCCAGUCUACUAGUGCUCCCGGUUCCGGAAUUAAUGUCACCGUUCCACGCAUCAUCUACAAUAACUAGCUCUGGGAGCACCACUGUAACUAACGCAUCAAUACCAACCAGUAAUGUUGGGCCAAUACCUACCAAUCCUCCGAUGAACCCCGGGUCCGGAGAAACAACCACUCAGAGCUCUUCCCAAACCUCAGGGAGUUCGGUCACCACUGGUAGUACUUCAUCCUACUCAGUUACAAUUCUUACGAACUUGACUUCCCAAUCCACGUCUCAUCCGCCAGUUUCAUCCACCAAUGAGAAUUCCACAUCUUCUGCUACCAAUAGUUCGCAAUCCAAAAUAAUUCCAAUCAUCGGUGCCACAGUCGGGUCCUUUGUAUUCUUGCUGCUCCUUCUAUGCGCCCUCGUAUACAUCCUCCACAGACGACAGCAGAAGAGGAAAUAUCCUGCCAUAUUUCACCGCGACAUGAUGGUUCGGCAAAAGCGAUCCGAGUCGAAUCUGCCUCUUACUCCGACAGUAAAAGAUUCAGAUGCUUACACGAACUUUGGGGAUGCAGAGAAACAUACAUCGUACGGUUCUAUGGACAAAGAAGACAUUGCGCUGAGUCCCAAGGACUAUUUGGAAUAUUCGCUGCCCGUGCCCACCGCCUGGUUGGGCAACAGAUCCGAGAUCCUAUCUCCUGCUCGCGCACACGCAAACCGUGGUCCACCAGAUGGGGCUACAUGACGUUUUAGAGAGGCGGAAACUCAAGACGGAUUUGAUGCAGGGUGAAGACAUGCAAGAAGAGCUUAAGGCGAGGAUCGCCGACCUUGGAAAUUCUCCUGGGCGCUUGGAUUUAUUGAUAACAUGCCGGUCAAUGUUGAGGUUUAGAGGGUCCUGGUCUCGAUGUACAGACGUCCCUACCUAAUGCUAUGGUUUAUUAUAAGAUGCACAUGCGAAAUAGAUGUAAUCGUUAUCUUCAGACGUAGACAGACAUUACUGUAAAACUUUACAGACGUACCUCAUUCGAUCAUAUUCUUUACUAGUUUUUGAUCUUUCAUCUAUUGUGUAAAACUCGGACACAGUGGGAUUAAUUGAGAUGUUUUUCAAAGGCUGAGCUUGUACUCAGUUCAACGACCGCUCGAUACCGGUGCGCGAUGGACGAGGGCUA